AUGGAUCGCACAGUUGAGAGGGCAAAAGUGUCCCUAAUCAACUUCCUCCUAGAGGUUACGCCGCCUCUCCUGGGGUGCAGCCGGCAGCAACUGCAGAAGCUGCUUUCCAUCAACUCAGAGACAGUCCUUAAGCCCUUUCUUGUAGAACAGCAGCCUGGGGUGUUGGUCAUUGGCAAAGAAGCCUCGCGUGAAGCUGUAGCGGACAAGGCACCUGGAAGUGGGGUUCAGUUUGCACAGCCAGGGACAGCAGACUUCGAUGCAGACGAUGAAGAGGAGAACUACAACUUAUAUGUCGACCUCGGCUUUGUUGCGAGAGCUGGUGGAAGGUCAUGCAGCGUCGCAUUUCUCAAGCGGCCAGGCUUCAGCCUAGCAGACGAGAACACCGCCGAGCAUGGAGCCCAGGAAGGAGAGGAAGGUGCGGGUCGGCAGGUCCACACUGUCACAAAACCCAUAGGCCCACAGCUUGCCCUCAUGCGUUGUGGGUUUGGGGAGGAAGAGAGCCUUCUUGAUGUAACAGAGAUGUACAUGCAGCGCGGUUUUGGCCCACUGCUGAAAACCGCCUCAGAGGAGGAGACUGCAGCAGCAGCCGCCGAAGGAGGAGGAGAGGGAGGCGCAGCGGAAGAUUCUACGGCCCGCGCAUCUCACGGCAUACAAACUGUGAGUAAAAAGCUUAGGGAAUUGGUCCUGGCAGUGCAGCAAGCACAGCAAAACGUGGAUAUCCCUCUCAUUGAACUGCCCAUUGAUUCGGUUAUAAAGGCGGCCGUCAUGAAAGCAGCAGCUGAUAAGCGCAAGCCGGUAGUGGAUGACAUUGGCGAUAAAAUUCACGAUAGUACAUACCUUAUUGCUUUACAAAGCCACGUCAAUCGUUGGAUCAAGGAUAUCCAGAAGGUUUGCAGAAUGCAGCGAGAUCCUAGCACCGGCACUGCUGCAGAGGAGGUGAAUUUCUGGCUUGGUUUCGAGCGGGCACUGAAACAUGUGGAAGAUCAGCUCAAAACUACCGAAGCUGAAUUCACGCUGACUGUUCUGAAGCAUACGAGAAAAGUUUUUGCUACAAUGUCCUUUGAGCAAGACUCCGGACUAAAACAAGCGACAGAAGUAGUGCAGAACACGAAUAUUCUUAUGCGGGAUUUCCCAUUGAACGACCUGUGCAGCGCACAAACUGUUGAACAGCUCACUCAGGCGGUACGCACAAUCUUCGGUCACAUGCGGAAGCUGAAGAAUGCGACUCUCUACCCGUUAAGUCGUGCCUACUUCCUUGUAGAGGCGCUUAGUAGGGACCUUUCAACACAGCUCCUAAGCAUCACAUCAAGGCAAAAUCUAAUUUCCAUGGCAUAUGAGGAAUUUGAGCACACAGCAGCUGGCUGCUCAGAGUUGUUCCGCACUUGGGACGAAGAGGUGCGUCACUUUCGAGAAACCGUGAGGGAGUUGUCGAAAAAAAGGGGACUCAACGAGCGACCACCCUCGAAGCUUGUUUGUGAGCAUGUUGUUUUACAAGAACGGAUUGUUGAGGUUCGACAGUUCAGACGGCAACACCACCGGCUGAAGGAGGUCCUUAACAGGGUUCUUGGAGACGGUAGUGGUAGAGAUGUCGCGGCACAAAAGGACAUCACUGCAGCCUAUCAAAUUAUUGAAGCAUUGGAUGUCUUGGACGUGACUCAAAGUGGGCAGGAGGCGUGGGAGGCCGGCCAAAAAGCAUAUGACACGCGUAUUGACCGCGUGGAGUCACAGAUAACAGCAAAGUUGCGAGACCGCCUUGGGGCAUCAAAGACAUCAGCCGAGAUGUUCCGCGUUUUCUCGCAGUUCAAUGCACUCUUCUUCAGGCCGCGCAUCCGAGGGGCUAUUCAGGAAUAUCAGACUAAGUUAAUUCAGGUAGUUAAGGAGGAUUUGAAGCGACUUCAGGGAAGUUUUCUCGAAGGAUAUCAGAAAAUUGAAUCGACAACUAUGGCAGAGGUGCGAGAUAUGCCACGAGUUGCAGGGAUGAUUGUUUGGGGGAGACAAGUUGAGAGACGGCUAGAUGCCCUCGUUCAGAGGAUCCAAGAUGUAUUAGGCAAAGGAUGGGAACAACACGUUGAAGGGCAAAGGCUGAAACAUGAUAUUGACUUUUUUCGAGCCAAGCUCAACCCACAGGAGCACUUUGACGGCUGGCUCAAUCUUGUAAGAGACCAAAAACGCCUGGACACAAGCGACCGUAUAUUUGUGUUGAGGGAUUGGGGAGCUGGAAGAUUGGAAUUGGCUGUGAAUUUCGACAAAGAUAUGCUCACUCUGUUCAAAGAGGUACGCCUGCUGUCGGCGCUGCAGUUCCGAAUCCCCUAUUCUGUUAAAGUUAUGGCAGAUGAGGCGAAGGUCUUGUAUCCGUUCGCCAUCACUCUUCAAGAAGUCUUGCGAACGUACGUUGAGUCGUGUGCACGCGUGGGAGACACAAUUUCAAGCCCUGCACCACCAUCGGGGGCGGAUGCUGGAGCAGGUGAGGCCGUUGUGGCCUUACUAGUAGCUUCGUACCAACGCGAUUCUCAGGGAAAACUCGCCGAGGGCAUGAGCCUUCGUUGGGACUCAGACCGUCUGGAAACAUAUGUAAAGCGACUCGCAGAAACUGUUUAUAUAUUUGAGGCGAAGGCGGAAUUUGCUCUACAGCAGCACAACAAGGCUAUCAAGGAAAUCGAUACUUUGAAGGACAAGCCUGUAGAUGCUCCAUACCAAGAUAUACUUGCUGUGCUGCAAAACGUUCAAAAGUUGAUCGAAGAGCAACACCUGCAGAAUUACUCCAAUAUCAGAGGAUGGACAAAGGUGCUCGAGAACCGUGUUGAAGCAAUUCUGACACAACGGCUUAUCAAACUAGUGGAGGAGUGGACCGUACAAUUUGAGAACUGGCCAAAUAAGGGCACCGCCCUUAUUCAGAAUGGCAUUGUCUUGGAGAUUCAAGUUAGGAAUCAAGUACUUCAAGUUCAUCCAGCAGUGGAAGCAGCGCGGCAGCUCUGGAUGGGAUCGCUGCACCGCAUUAUGGCAUCUGUUUGCUUGUUACCGCGAUUUAAUUCAAGAAACAGCGCUAGGCCUCUGAAGUUUGGGGGAGAACCGACAGCUUGGGAUUAUGAAGAUUCUGAAGAUGAGGCCCUUGAGAACGGCGAUCCCAUGAAGCCCAAAUCAGGUGGUACCUACAGGGCGAUCGCUUCUCGGAUUCCUGCGGAAGUCAUCGACAAAGCUCAUUCCGCCAUUGACAGGGUUAUGGGUAACGUAGAAGAGUACGUAGCAAACUGGAUGCACUAUCAAGUUUUGUGGGACGUUGAUGUGAGUGAGGUGCUCGGCAAACUUGGAGACGAUAUUGAGACAUGGCAGCAGCUACUGAACGAAAUUAAGCAGGCUAGGAGUCCUUUCGACAAUACCGAAGCUCGAACAAUGUUUGGGCCCACAAUUGUAGAUCACCAUCAGGUACAAGCGAAGCUCAACACCAGGUAUGAUGCUUGGCAUCGCGAUAUUUUGCACGCUUUUGGGCAGAAGGUGUCUGCAAAUGCGAGCUCUGUUUUCACUUCUCUGCACGCUAUGGUUGCCGAUCUGGAAGAACAAGGCCAAGUAGCAGAUCCCACUGAAACUGCCAUGAACGCGGCUACGUUUCUCUCAAUGUCCGAGGCACAAAUGUCUGCUCUCAUCAGCAGCCAAGGGCUGAUCGGAGAUGAGCUAGUUUCAAACAUAGUGUCGAAUCUCACGAAAUUUCUCCUGAAGUUGCAGGAGGCCAGCAAGUUAGAGCCAAAGUGGAGCACUACGAUUGACACACUGAGAGCCAGUGAGCGCCUUUUGGAAAGACAGCGGUACACGUUUCCGAGUGACUGGCUGUGGAUCGACCAGAUCGAAGGCGAAAUGGAGAUGUUUUCCCAGUUGUUAAGGCACCAAGGGAUGAUGGUAGAACAAGCGAAAGAACAACUUGUCACUCUUGUGACGCAGUUCGCAGCGACACUUCAGGAAAAACUUCAGCAGCUGUACUCCGAUUGGAUGUUGCAGCGUCCCGUGAGGGAUGAUAUUGCGCCUGGCCACGCAAUGAGCAUCCUGAGACAAUACGAGCAGCAACUUGAAAAGAUAACUUCCGACUACGAAUGUGGGGAGAAGGCAAAGGCAGCCUUGGGUAUGGAGGACACUGCGUUGAGCUCCGGGGGCGAGACAUUUUCACCGUCUGCUCUAGCAGAGGAAAUCGCAGACAUGAAGGGGGUUUGGGAAGCCCUCGGUGGGCUGCACAAGGAGCUAACUGGGCUUCGUGAGACUGUGUGGGCAGCCGUAGUUCCGAAACAAAUUAGAACUUCAUUGGAAUCGCUGCUGGAGAGAAUAAAGCAAAUACCAGCCCGGUUCCGCCAGUAUGAAGCAUUUGAGGAGUUGAAGCAGAAGAUUAACAAGUUUCUUUCGCUAAAUAUGCUAAUCACCGACAUGAAAACGGAUUCCCUGAAGGAGAGGCAUUGGAAGACCAUCCUUUCCAAGCUAAAAAUCCGAAAGUCCGUAACAGAUAUGACAAUCGGAAAUCUUUGGGAUGCUGACUUGACUGCAAACGAAGCUGAAAUCCGCGAGGUCUUGAUACAGGCACAGGGUGAGUCUGCCUUGGAGGAAUUCCUACGCCAAGUUAAGGAUGCCUGGAGAGAAAGGGAAUUUGUCAUGGUACCCUGCGGGAACAAGUGCAAAGUAAUCAAAGGCUGGGAAGACCUCUUUCAAAUUAUCGAUGACCAGCUGGCAUCACUGCAGUCCAUGAAGAUGUCCCCUUUCUUCAAGAUAUUCGAGGAGGAAGCUCUGGCUUGGGACGAAAAGCUGAACAGGCUGCGCAUCCUUUUGGAUAGCUGGGUGGAAGUGCAGCGCAAAUGGCUCUAUCUUGAAGGGGUAUUCUCCGGUUCCCAAGAUAUUCAAAUGCUCCUUCCUGCUGAGCAUCAGCGAUUUAGGGGAAUCGACGCAGAGUUUAAGGGCAUCAUGAAGAAAGCAGACACCACAAAAAUAGUCUUGGAGGUAGCGUCCACUGAGGGUCUCGGUCGUCAGUUAGAACGAUUGUCAGACUUGCUUUCUCGAAUUCAAAAGGCGCUUGGAGAGUAUCUUGAGAAGCAAAGGGAGCAAUUUUCCCGCUUCUACUUUGUUGGAGACGAAGAUCUCUUGGAGAUGAUUGGCAACGCAAAGGACGUGAAGCUUGUGCAGCGCCACAUCAGCAAGCUUUUCGCCGGAAUCGCUGCGCUGGAGACUGACCCAGAGGACCCUACAACAAUAACAGCAAUGACAUCGCGUGAGGGAGAAGUUGUUCCUUUUGUCAGCGGCGUCUCAAUUCUUCAGUAUGCGUCUCUCAAGGACUGGAUGAGCGCAGUAGAAUUGCAGAUGACAGUUUCGUUAGCUGAUAGUGUAUCGAGGGCUUUAAAGCAAUUGGAACAAUUUGACGUGACUGAAAUAACGAAAAUGGCGACAGGAGGUGACCCUCUGGAAAAUCCCUUCAUCAAGUGGAUCAAAGACUUUCCACUGCAGGCGUUGCUUCUAGCAAUGAAUAUUCAGUGGACGAAGAAAUGCGAGGCUGCAUUGUCGGCAGAUGACUCACAACAGCCAAUGAAAGCAGCAGAACAGGCAGAGCAUCCUUUGGAAUCUUCAGCCUUAAAAGAUUGCGUGACACUUCUUGGGUUCCUCGCCGAUCGCGUUGUUCAGGAUAUAGGCCCUCUUGUGAGGAGUCGAAUCGUUCAUAUGAUCACCGAAGUGGUCCACCAAAGAGACGUCUGCAGGUCCCUAGUGAGGAACAAUAUUACCUCCAGGAAAGACUUCGGAUGGCUCGAGUGCAUGCGUUUCUACUUUACUCAUCCCCCGUCUUCGGGCCCCAUAAUUCCGCAGGGCCUGCUCAAAGUGUGCAUGGCCGAUGCGGCCUUUGACUACGGAUUUGAAUAUUUGGGAAUGGCCGAACGACUUGUGCAGACACCACUGACUGACAAGUGUUUUCUUACUCUCACCCAAGCUCUUAAGAUGAAACUGGGUGGAAACCCAUUCGGUCCAGCAGGAACCGGGAAGACAGAAUCAGUGAAAGCCUUAGGCUCUGCUUUAGGGAGGUAUACUCUGGUAUUCAACUGCGAUGAGACUUUUGAUUUCAAUGCAAUGGGUCGGCUCUUCUCGGGGUUGUGCCAAGUGGGCGCAUGGGGUUGCUUUGACGAGUUUAAUCGUCUUGAUGAAAGGAUUUUGUCGGCUGUAUCCGAACAAAUUUUGACCAUCCAGGUUGGGUUGCGUGAGGGGAAGAAGGAGAUAGAAUUGUUGGGGAGAGCGACGAAAUUGAACACCAACGUUGGUAUAUUUGUCACGAUGAAUCCUGGCUACGCUGGGCGUUCCAACUUGCCAGAUAACUUGAAACAACUCUUCCGUGAGGUAGCGAUGAUCAAACCUGAUAAGCAGCUUAUCGCGCAGGUGACGCUUUACGCACAAGGUUUUCGCUCUGCUGAGCGGCUCUCAAGCAAAAUCAUAUCACUGUACGACUUGUGCGAUAGGCAGCUGUCUAAACAGCCUCACUAUGACUUCGGGCUACGGUCACUCAAGAGUGCACUUAGCUCUGCUGGAAAUCUUAAACGCCAGCUACUUCAGGAAGAGGCAGGAGCAGGCACAGUUGUGGAUGAUCUAGAGAUGGUGGAGACAGUGGAGCAGAAGCUUCUCAUUAGGUCGGUCACUGACACAGUCGUUCCAAAGCUUGUAGCUCAGGAUGUCCCUUUGCUUCGAAGCUUACUAAUGGGGGUCUUUCCAGGCGCAGAUAUUCCCGCCCUGGAUGAGAAGAUCUUGCUGGAGGAAAUUGAAAGACUAUGCGAGGCACGUUUCCUGGAGGCAAAAGGGGAAUGGCUUGAAAAAGUACUGCAACUCUAUCAGAUUCAGAGGCUGCAACACGGCGUAAUGCUUGUGGGCCCAGUGGGUACCGGGAAAUCUGCUGCAUGGCGUAUUCUGCUCGACGCAAUGGAAAAGGUGGACGGCAUUAAGGGAAUGUCUUACGUUUUAGAUCCAAAAGUGGUAGCAAAGGAACAAUUGUAUGGCCGACUCGAUUCCACAACCUUAGAGUGGCAAGAUGGCGUUUUUACUGCCGUAUUACGGAAGAUUUUAACAACGACACAAGAGUCAGGGAACAGCGCACAGCAGCGGAGACACUGGAUUGUGUUUGAUGGAGAUGUUGACCCGGAUUGGGCAGAAAACCUCAACUCUGCACUUGAUGACAACAAGCUACUCACUCUUCCAAAUGGUGAAAGGUUGGAAAUCCCGAAUUGUAUUCGACUUCUUUUCGAAGUGGAAACCCUCAAGUAUGCCACGCUUGCCACAGUCAGUCGAUGCGGAAUUGUGUGGUUUGCAAGCUCGGUCUUGCCUGACGAAGUGGUGUUUCAGCAUCAUCUAGAAGAGAUAGCUGCUGGCACUGCGUCGACAGAAGUUAUUCUUCAGGGAGUCGGAGGACAGGCAAAGGGAAUCGACCGCAGUGGCUCUCGUUCCAUUACUCGUGAAAUGGCUCGUUCCGGUUCAGGAAUUGUGUCGAAGGCAAGCGUCGGCAAAUUAGUCUCCAAGGGGACCAUGACGGGCGGCCUUGCCACAGGUGGCAGAGGUGCAGCUGAAGCUGUUGCGCAGGGCAUAAAGGAGCGUUGCGUGGCCAUUCUUCAGCCCUUCUUUUGUGCCGGGGGCUUUGCAAGCCAGUGCCUUGAGCAAGCAAUGAAACACCAGCAUAUAAUGGAGUUUACAAAAAUAAGGUGCAUUGAGAGCAUGUUUUCCCUAAUCAAGAAGGGCAUCAGUCGCGUUUGGAUGAUCUUGUCCAUUCUUUGGGGCAUGGGCGGAUCCCUAAGCCUAGCAGCGAGGUCUGCUUUUAGUGAAGAGGUGGCGCGCAUUUGUGACUUACCGCUGCCUUCACAAUUAGCAUCUGGUGAUGCGGAUGGACAGACGUUGUUGGAUUUUGAGCCAUCUAUUGAAGAUGGUCAGUGGCACCACUGGAAAUCUCGAGUGAAGCAGGUGGAAAUUGACACUCAACAGGUGAAGGACGCGACGCUUGUCAUUCAGACUGUAGACACAUUACGGCACCGUGACGUAGUUGAAGGAUGGCUUGAAGAGAAGCGGCCUUUUAUUCUUUGCGGUCCCCCGGGCUCUGGAAAGACAAUGACUCUCACGGCAGUGUUAAAAGAGCGUCCUGAUUUUGACAUUGCGUUUCUCAACUUCUCAUCAGGAUCCACUCCUGAUUUGCUGUUCAAAACUUUCGACCACUAUUGCGAACUAACUAAAACUGCGGCAGGAGGGAUGGUAAUGCGGCCACUCGUUCCUGGCCGCACCCUUAUAAUUUUCUGCGAUGAAUGUAACUUGCCGUCUCCCGAUAAAUACGGAACACAGCAUGUUAUAAUGCUAAUGCGUCAGAUUGCGGAGUCCGGGGGCUUCUGGCGCUCAAUGCCACAGUUGCAGCAAGCAUCACCUUGGGUCUGGAUUCGCGUAGAAGGCGUGCAAUUUGCAGGAGCAUGCAAUCCACCGACGGACGCUGGGCGUCACCACAUGAGCAACCGGUUCCUUCGCCAUGCUCCUAUAAUCUUCGUCGACUUUCCAGGGAAAGAAUCACUCAUACAGAUCUACAGGACGUUCAAUCGGGCACUUCUGCGGCCGUUUCCUGACCUGUAUCCCUCGGCCGACCCGCUAACAAUGGCAAUGGUGGAUUUCUACAUUUCGUUUUCCAGCACAUUCACAGUUGACCAGCAGCCCCAUUAUAUCUACUCUCCAAGGGAGCUGACAAGGUGGAAACUGGCCUUAGCAGAGGCAAUAACCGGGGGCGGAAAAUUUGAUGCAGAAGCUGUGACUAAGAAGUCAUCUAGCGACACAGGCUGGGAUAGAGGUGCACAGUUUGCCGGCGCAGCUGACAGUGACUGCAUAACUCUGACUCAGCUCGUGAGAACUUAUGCGCAUGAGGGACUGCGGAUAUUUAGUGACAGACUUGUGACGGAGGCAGAAAGGGAGAAGACGGAUGCAAUGCUUGACGAAAUCGUGCGGACGCAUUUCCCUAGCGUCAGCGAUGAAGCGCUGCAGCGCCCCAUACUCUUCACCAGUCUGGCAAGUCGCCAGUACUGUGAGGUUUCUAUGCCAGCUUUGCGUUCGUUGCUUCAAGGGAAACUGCGCGUGUUCAAUGAAGAAGUUUUUCAGGUGCAGUUGGUAUUUUUCGACGAAGUUCUACACCAUGUUGCACGCAUUGAUAGAGUAUUGAGGCAGCCUUUGGGUCACCUGUUGUUAGUGGGCGCGUCAGGAGCAGGGAAGACGAUUCUAACAAAGUUUGUCGCGUGGAUGAAUGGUCUGAGCAUCUUCCAAAUAAAGGCCGGCAGGAAUUACAACACAGCAUCAUUCGAACAAGACCUCCGAGUUGUAAUGAAACGAGCCGCUCUGAAAGAUGAGAAAAUCGCAUUCGUUAUUGAUGAAUCCAACGCUCUAGGUCCAGCGUUUUUGGAGAGAAUGAAUGCUCUUCUGGCAUCAGGCGAAGUACCAGGGCUCUUUGAAGGCGACGAAUACACGGCUCUAAUCAAUGAAUGCAAGGCAGCGUAUGGGAGCGACUAUCUAGGUAGUGGGGAGUCUUCAGAGCUGUUUACCCGUUUUACGAAGCAGGUGCAGAGGAAUCUGCACAUCAUUUUUACAAUGAACCCGGCGAACCCCGACUUCCACAAUCGUCAAGCAACCUCCCCCGCUCUGUUUAACAGAUGCGUAAUCGACUGGUUUGGAGACUGGGCUCAGCCUGCAAUGGAGCAAGUGGCGUUCGAGUUCACUGACUCAAUUGAGCUCUUGCCAGACAGCUUUACACCAGAAGCUAUUAUUGGUGCAAAGCCAAUUAGCAACAUUUUGAAGGAGACUGUUGAUAAGGCAGAAGAAGAAAUGGCGCUCGAUGGGGAUGAUCUUGCGCGACGCAGCAGGCUGGCUACUGCAAUUGUGUCGUUCCAACAUGCUGUAGCUAAAAGUAACGCUGUUCUUUCCAAAAGCGGCCGCAAGUCAAACUAUAUGACACCGCGUGACUUCCUUGAUUUCUUGCACCAUUUCCGCGGGCUUGUUGCAGAGAAGAGCGACGCAAGUGGAGAGCAACAGCACCAUCUACAAGCUGGUUUGCAAACCCUAGCACAGGUAGAACGGCAGGUUGGGGAGAUGAGAGCGGAACUGACAGAAAAAGGUGCAGUUCUCGCAGAGAAGAACGAAGAAGCUGAAAAGAAAAUGCAACAGAUGAUAAACCAGCAGGCAGAAGCUGAAAACAAAAAGAAGGGAGCGGAAGUCCUAGCGCGCAAGCUCGAUGAACAGACUGGUAUCAUCAAGGAACGUAGAGAGGCAGUAGAGGCUCAGCUUAGCGAGGUGGAGCCACUACUCAAGGAAGCUGCAGAGGCCGUUACAAACAUCCCAAAGAAGAGCCUUGAUGAACUAAAAAGCAUGGCUAACCCUCCAGCAAUGGCAAAGGUUGCGGUGGAAGCUGUCGCAGUGCUAAUCACAGAUGCUGGAGAAAAGCCUGUUUCUUGGGAAGAUGCAAGAAAGAUUUUGAAAGCCACAGACUUCAUUUCUAAGAUUCUUAACUUUGACUGCACAUCUGUUAGCUCGGCUACUCGGCGAAGAAUCCAAACGAAGUUUCUGACUGGCGACUGGGAUAUUGAGCGGAUCAACAAGGCCUCUCGCGCAGCAGGACCGCUGGCCCAGUGGGUUGAAAGCAGCGUGAAAUUUGUUUUGAUUAGCGAGCAAGUAGAGCCACUGCAGACUGAAAUCGCUCAGUUGGAAACUGAGGCACAGGAAAACGAGGCGAAUUUACAGGAGCAGCAGUCCCUUAUUACUCAGCUGGAAGGCAAAUUGCAGCAGUACAAGCAAGACUAUGCUCAGCUGAUUAGUCAGGUACAAAGCAUAAAGCGAGAGAUGGAUGAGGUCCAGAAGAAAUGCGCGCGCUCAAUGUCACUAUUGGAGAACUUGGGGUCGGAAAAGAGUCGGUGGUUUGAACAGUUAGAGCAACUGAAACUGGCUACUCAGACAUUUAUCGGAGACAGUUUGCUUGCAGCUGCUUUCUGUGCGUAUCUUGGCUUCUUUGAAUACGCGGAUCGGAAUCGGUUACUUGAAGAGUGGAGGGCAGUGCUCCAAAGGGAGUGCAUUCGUUGCCGCGCCGACCUUUCUUUUGUCGACUUCCUUUCAACACCUUCGGAGAGGCUUCAGUGGGCUGCUCAUUCUCUCCCGCCAGAUGACCUUUCAGUUCAAAACGCAAUUAUCCUGAAACGAUUCUUGCGCUAUCCUCUUAUCAUUGACCCUGCUGGUCAGGCAAUUAACUUUUUGACUUCUUUCUUGUCCUCAAACAAGUUGUCCAAGACGUCUUUUUUGGAUGGAAACUUCCUCAAGGUUCUGGAGAGCAGUUUGCGGUUUGGUUCUACCUUGGUGAUUCAGGAUGUUGAGAAGGUAGACCCGAUCCUGAACCCUGUCCUCAACAGAGAAACACACAAACUCGGCGGCCGUGUCCUGAUCACUGUUGGUGACUCCGAAAUCGACUUAUCUCCUGCCUUCUCUAUGUAUCUUGCGACGCGAGACCCUACAGCACAGUUCACACCCGACCUCUGCAGCCGCGUUACAAUGAUUAAUUUUACUUUAACACCGUCCUCUCUCGUAAACCAGUGUUUAAACCUUAUUCUGAAGAGCGAGAGAUCAGAUAUAGACAAAAAGCGGUCAGAUAUGCUCAAGCUUCAGGGAGAAUUCAAAGUUAAAAUACGCGAGCUAGAGGAUUCGCUGCUUCUUGCUCUCUCAAAUGUGAAGGGAAACAUUUUGGAUGAUGAUUCCGUGAUGUCAUCCAUGGAAAUGCUAAAGAGGCAAGCGGCAGAAGUCGCGACUGAGGCCGCCCACACUGAGGAAAUAAUGGCGGAGGUCGUGCAGACUAGCAAUAUGUAUUUGCCGUGGGCUCUCGCGGCAGGCCGUAUAUAUUUCACACUUCUCAACCUCUCAUGCGUUUCACCCGUUUAUCAGUACGACCUUCGCUUCUUCCUAGGCAUAUUGCAUGAAACCCUAACAGGAGCUGCAGGCUUGAACGAUUUGAAGAAGACAGAUUACGCGGAGAGGCUGGCUGUCCUUUUGUCCGGUCUUUUCUCAACAACAUUCCAGCGCGUAGCCUAUGGCUUGGGGUAUUAUGAUAGACUAGUGUUUGCGUUGCAGCUAUGUUACAUUAGGACUGAGCUGGAUCUUGGCCUGCCCCUGGAAUUGCCAGAGCUUCAGCUCCUUUUACAGGGGUUCGUAGAGGAUCAGGGGUCUCAGACGGUUUCAUGGACAAAUACUCUUCAUGGGGAAUUGACCGCUGAGCAAAUGAAGGCGCUACAGAAAUUGCUGGCGCUUCCAUGCUUUUCUGGCCUUCAAGACCACAUGACAACGCAUGAGUCUGAAUGGAUUGCGUUGUUGCGGUCUUCUGCCCCUGAAACAAGCAUUCCUCGUGGCAUUUUCACUGCUGAGCCACAUCCGUUGGCAGACAAGAAGAUUGGCAGUCAGCGCUCUAUGACUCUCGGAGAGUGGAUCAAUCUACUUCGGGAGCUACUUGUAUUAAGGGCCUUGAGACCAGACCGUGUGACUUGUGUUCUAAUUGAGCUAUGCGAAGGUGUUCUUGGAGAGAAUUUCCUUUCCGUCCCCGAACUGACGCAAGACCUGCUUAAAGAGGUUGUUGAGAAGCAGGCAAGCAGUACUUCUCCAGUUUUAUUCGUCUUAUCUCCUGGCUCUGAUCCAAGUAGUCUAAUUACUCACCUGGCCUCCGCUGUCCAGCAACCCAUCAGCUCCGUGGCAAUGGGCAGCAAGGAAGGGUUUGAGCUUGCAGAUAAAGCCAUUGCCAAGGCAACUCGACAGGGCACUUGGGUUUUAUGCAAGAACGUCCAUCUUUCUCUCAAAUGGCUCCAGGAUUUGGAGACAAACCUGCAUCGUGGCCAGGCACACGCGAACUUCCGCCUGUUCCUCACCAUGGAGUACAAUCCGAAGGUUCCCGCCACGCUGGUUAGAGCGUCUUGCACCUUUGUGUUCGAGCCACCACUUGGCAUCAAGGCAUCCUUGUACAGGUCGUACGCGAUGCUCUUCGGUGCUAGUGGUACCCGUGGAGUAUCUAGUCGAAGCAGUGCUCAACCGCAACCUGUCCAGCCUCCCGCCGCAGCCCGUUGCCGCUUGCAGUUUCUUCUAGCUUUCCUGCAUGCUAUUAUACUGGAAAGGCGAAGAUAUGCACCUGUCGGCUGGUGCAAGCUUUAUGAGUUCUCUGAGGCUGAUCAGAAAUGUGCAUUGAGCAUAGUAGACUCUUGGCUUGCCACCGCUGCACAGCGUGGUGAUACUCUCUCCGACCAUGUAGCUCCAGAGCGACUUCCUUGGACUGCAAUACGAACACUCAUUGCACAAGUGUGCUAUGGGGGACGACUGGACAAUGCUGUUGAUGAGCGGGUCCUGCGGUCGUUCGUGGACUACUUGUUCCGUCCAGAGGCGUUUGAAUCUGAUUUCUGCCUCAAUAUGCCGAACCUGGGGAAGGACGUGGAGGAUUCGGAAGCAGAAUUGUUGCGAGCCCCAGCUGAGCUCUUCAAGACACACGAACAGUACCUUGAAUGGGUUGACUCACUACCGCCGCGGGACAUGCCAGCAUGGAUCGGCUUCAAUUCGCGCGCUGAGUGGCUGUUGGCUUCCAGGCAGGCGCAUGCCUGCAUUGCCAAUUGGUCCACUUUGCUGCUACGCGGCAAGGAAGAGUCACUAGACUUCCACUCUAUCUCAGAGAGCAUUAUGAAGGGUCUCAAACGCCAAAAGAGUGUUGCGGCAAUAAGCGAUGAAAAAGAACCUGAUGAGGCUCCGAAAGCGACGUCGUGGCUCACUUUGCUCAUCCCCGUCGUACAAGCUUGCCUAGCUACUUUGCCAGAAAAACUUCCCGUCUUACAACGGACUGAUACGAUGGUGCAAAAUCCAAUGUUCCGUUGCUUUGAGCGUGAACUAGCAGUUGGUGCAAGGCUGUGUAUGCUGAUUCGCGAAUCUUUGGGAGAGCUGCUGCUCGUCUGCAAAGGUGAACUGAAAAUAACCAACUCUCUUCGUGAGUUGGCAACGCUGAUAUCUUCAUCGAAAGUUCCAGGGGAGUGGAGUCAGGUUUAUGUCUCUUCUCAAGAACUGACUGUGAAGGAGUGGCUCGAGGAUUUUAGCCGUCGUUUAGCACAACUAGCGAUGGUGUCUCGGGAAUUCGGUGCAGAAGGAAACGACAAGCAGAUCGAGGCAGCUAUGAACUUACUUUCACGACAGCGUGACGAUGGAGAGCUGUCUCAAUGGAGAAUUUGGCUUGGAGGCCUGUUUUUCCCGUCAGCCUACCUCACAGCGACCCGCCAAGCGGUCGCCCAAGCUAAGGGGUGGUCACUUGAUGAUUUGGCCGUGGAGGUUCUCGUUGGUUCUGUCGAAGCUAAAGAUGACCAGUCCUUUAUUAUCACUGGGUUAACCGUAGAAGGUGCAGCGUGGAACGCAAGUGAAAAGUGUUUGGACGUCGCUGACACGAUUGCGUCAAGUUUGCCGCCGAUGGUCAUGCGUUGGUACCACAAAGGAGAAGGGUGCAAGUUCAAAGAAGAUGGGCAAAAGUACAUUUCGACCCCGCUGUUUUUGAAUAGGGCCCGCAAGGACCUUGUAGCUUUUGUAGACCUUCCCGCUAGCGAACAAUACCCACCCGCCCUGUGGGUGCAGCGUGGUAUGGCCGUUCUCUUGUGGGGUGAUCUUUAA